UCCGCCAUGUUUGUCCUCCUUGUGAGUAACUUGGCGUUCGCUCUCAGCAGUUUCCACACGUUUCCUAUAUAUGCAGAGAGAGUGUUCAGAUUUCUAUUAAGGACACCUCUGGCUGCUCUUUUGCAAGCACAGAACUCAAACGCCCUCUCCCUCCCCUCCAAACUUUUUUUUUUAUAUCAUUUUUGAGUUUGAUCAUCUGAGAAAGAAGAGCAAGUAUAACGGAAGAGGAAGGUUGGAAACACACCUAGAAAUAGAUCGGGUGGGGGGGGGUGGACGGCACGACUAGAACAGAAAUAAUUCCAGCAAGAUGGACAUGAAAAAAAGAAUUCACCUGGAGCUGAGGAACAGGACGCCCUCUGAUGGCCCUUAUGGAAACAGUUCUGAUGCUAGUGAACCUCCUCUACCUUUAUCCAAAAUGGACACACUCAGGUUGAGAAACACAUCUUUUUGGUGUUUCCACAACUCAUCAUUUGUAAUCUCACGGUUAAUACUCCUUUCAAGAUCCGGAAAGUUAUUUGAUGUGAAAAGGUGCCAUCUCAUACCACCUAACCUCCUCUUCCAAGAGAUUGUCAACAUGGAGAAUCAACACUUAAAACCGAUCUGGAUAUGGCCUUAACUGUUGGGACAGCUUACAGUUUAGACCGGGGCUCUGGUUGCCAACAAGGACCUUAAUACACAAUGCCUGUAACUCUCACAUCGGUCUCUCUUUUGAAGCCUCCACGACACUUGAGAUUGAGAUCUGAGAUUGCCUAUGACUAAGUGCUAGAUUGGAUAGAAACCUUAACGAAUACGGAAAGCCAUACGGACACAUUUUUUGAUACCUGGCUGACGCAUAUCAACACACUCCCACCGCACACUAAACUGCUGACCGUUCAAACUUUUCAAUACACUACAUGGUAUGACAGGGAGCUACUGCUGGGGUCUGAUCUUGUCUGUGAGGCGGAACAACAGCUGAUGCAUAGAGAUGAUCAACAACAAUCAACUUUAAUGGGACCCCCCAGGAGCUACUCCCUUAAUCGACUACUAACAGGCUCUCUCUGACGCCUUAAUCCGGUAUUGGAAUUUGCUCUGGCAACACCAAUCUGCAACACAAUGUCAUUCCAGGAACAGGAAAUGGGAAAUACCACCUGCACAAAAUAUGUAGAUAUGGAUUUGUUCCUGCAUUGCUCACUAGUUCCCUCCAUUCUUAUCAUUUUGACAUUGUCUUUUCUUGAGAGGCGUGUUAACAGGUCAAAACUAGAUGACAAAUUAUACCUGCUCAGUGGAAGAUUUGGAAUUGUCAUUCCCAUAGAUCUUAUUGGAACUUUCAGCAACAGGUGGACCUUUGGCUUUGCAUUUGGUGCAAUAGCCAACAAAGUUAAAUCCCUUUUCUCAGAGGAAUAUCUUCCAAUAGGAGUACCUACUUGGGCAAGAGCCCUUAGUCUUUUUAUUGGAGCCAUUGAAGUUGGAUUGUCCUUUUAUCCCAUUUUUGCCUGUCUCACCACUGAAAAUAAAUUAGUUGGAUCUAUUACUGGAUUUCUAUACACUCUCACUUGGUUUAUCAUCACAACAAUAGACCUUGUCUCAUGCCCAGAUGGAGCUGUUAUAGGCCGCUAUGAAAAAGUCAUCUUUUACUGGCCCUCCCUGCUCUGCUUCAUAUUCCUGCUUAUCAGAUUUGUUUAUCUGUUCAUAAAGUCCAUCAGAAUAAUUAUGGGUGCAGAGGAUGUUAUUGAUGAAGGAAAAUGUUUUUUGUCGCAACAUCAAGCUGAACAUGUAAAAAGACUAUUCAGAAAACCUGUGCAGGUGAAGAAAUCCUGGUUUGCGAGAAAAAUAUACGACUGGGAUCCUUGUUUUAAAUUCCCCAGCAGAAUGAUUGGCACAACAGUUCUGUCCUUGUUAUGUCUGUACAUUCUUGUUUCUAUAGAGUUUAAAUUAUUUAUAGGUCUUUUACAAUUGCUGACCCUUUGUGAAGAAUCAAUAGAACAGUCGAAUUUUCUCAUACAUCUGAAGGAAUUUAACUGUGCUUUGAAGGGUGUGUGGUUUUUUAGUACCUUCUUAACAAGUGCCACAACGGUUUCCUACAUAUUUCACAUUUUAGUCUGCUACAGAAAACACAUGAAGCGGCUUUGGGUUGGCGAAAAGUCUUUCUUGCCGAUCAAGUUUCAAGUACCCUCUCCUGCUGACAGUGUGGCAGCAAUUGCAAGAUAUUCUGGCUGGCAGGUUGCAUACCUUUUGUGGGGUUACUUUAUAAUGCAUACUGUUCAGAUACUAUUAGGAAUGGCUUUUGUGUAUGCUUUUGUUUAUCCAAUAAAGCACGGUCAAGGACUUCAGUUGUUUCAGGGCUUGGGUAUCUCAAUUCUCACGUUAGGCAUUGUGAUUAUGCUUAUGAUUCUGCAAGUUGUACUCGCUCACCUGUUCUUUCUACAGAAGAAAAUCUCUUGCAAAGAUAAACAGAAACCAUUGGCACUCAAUAACAGGAAGGCAUUUCACAACUUCAAUUACUUCUUCUUCUUCUACAAUGUGAUUCUUGGAUUGACCGCCUGCCUAUGGAGAUUGCUUUGCAGUGUGGUGCUGGGAAGCUGGCUAAUAGGUCGGAUUGACAGGUCAAUACUGCAAAGGGGAUAUGAAUCAUGGGAUAAAGGUUACAAGACGUGGAUUGGAAUGAUAUAUGUGGAUCAUUAUCACACAAACCCAGUGCUUGUGAGCUUUUGCAACAUUCUUUUAACAUCGAGGGCUGAGAAAAUAUUAAGGGAAUGCUCUUCAUACCAUGCAAUUGCUGACCCAUCAGGUUCAAGUAUUUCAAGACAAGCCCGGACACGAUGGCUUCUGUAUUACACUCUCUUGAAAAACCCAAGGCUUAUAUUGCACAGGAAAAUGAAAGGACCCAGUGAUGUAGAAAUGAUAAAUGCUGUAACCCACACUAGAACAAUUCAGGCUACUCUUAUGGAGGCUAAAGGAAGAAAUAAUUUAUAAUUUCCUGUUGAUGUAAACUGUGUGGAAAUUAGGGAACGGCGAUCAUUUGAAUCCUAACUAGUUACAGGAAAUGAUUUUGAAUUAUUUUAAGAUGCAACUACAUUUUCUCAAAGGUCAAAAAAUACUUUUUUUAUGGUCUGAUAUGUUUAUUUUAUUAUAUUUGGUCAAUUUGCCCAUCAAAUAUUUACCCUGCA